AAUAAAAUGCAAUAUAAUUAGUAGUUUUAAAAGCUGGCACUCCAGUUAUUGUUUCCUCAGCGUCACGACUACUGCUCCCCUCUUCUGCAAUGUGAUUGAGUUCACUUCCAUAGCAACCCCUCUGUCGGUAAUUACACACUGAACGGUCUGGUGACGGCGGGUCAGAGGUGUUCAGGGUUAGAUAUAGAGACCCCUGGCUGAGGUUUCUGGGGUGAAUUAUAACUAAGGACAACUGAAGUAUGUUGGGGAAGAUUACAACAGAUCCACCUUACCUUACCAUCGAUAAUUUCGAGGACUGUCUGUCUUCUGAUGAUGUUCUGGUGCACUUCUUUAACGACUUCCUCAGUCUGCCUUCGUUCCCUGAGUGUGUACAGUACAACCAGGAGACUGGUGUGUUUGAGGUGGUCAGUGAUGCAGCGGUGGCUCUGUCUAGGAGGAUCAGGUCAGCCCUGCAGUACUUUAAAUCACAACCUCUCACUGACCCAACAGAGCUGACUGCUAGACCAGUGGUGGACAACCACUACACUGUUCUGUGCUUGGACAGAGAACAGGGAGUGGAGUGGAUCCUAAAAGAAAGACUACCCUUGUUUAUUGAAAGUGACUGCUACUUCGAGUACAGGUUAGCGAAGCUGCUCUCUCAGUGGGGCCCACAGGGCUGGAACCAGACGAGGGAUGGUACCUCAGUCCAGCCCCCUGUCACCACAGAGCCUGUCUGUCCUUCCCCUGGGCCCGAUGACAGAGAGACCCCGAUGAAGGUCCUCUAUGUGUCACUGGGACAGGCCUCAGUAACAGACAUGUUGACAAUGGCUAAGGACAAGGACAAGCAGCUGCCUGUCUGUACCCAGUCUGUGAGAACCCCGGUGUGCUCCCUGGGCCGGGAGGGACAGAGGGGUCCGGCCUCAGCCUGCUUCUCCUGCAUCCCUGACUCGGAGUCCUAUGCCCUGUCCUCCUCACUCCUCGUCUCCUUUCCUCUCUGCUCUUCACUCCCGGACUGUCCUCUCUGCUCUUCACUUCUAGACUGGGACAAGAGACGGGGAGACCACAGCGCAGAGCAGGAGAUGAAAGUCUACCUCACAGAGACAGAGGCAAAGACAGAGAUAGAGGCAGGAACUACAGAUGAGGAUAAUGGGGACCCCAAGCCCCAGAGUCCCGUCUGUUCUACCACUGAUGAUGAGACGGUUGGUCCCCACACUGAGAGCCCCUUUGAGGGAGGUCCAGCCACCAGCCACAGCAGACUGAAGGAGCAGCAGGAGGAGGGUGACCUUGAGUUCCAUGACCUUGAGUUCUAUGAUGUCACUGCUAGUAUCCAUGGUGAUAGACAGGGCCUUGGUGACUUUAAGGACUUCUUAAAGGGAACACUAGGAGAGAAGCUUUUGCGUCUGUGGAUGGAUAUAGAGAGACUGAAGACCCUACAGGACGACAGGAGGAGAAUCAGGCAUUUGGUCCAGAUGCGAAGCUGCUACCUGCUGACCGGUGGCCAGAGCAGUCUGAAUGGUGAGCUGUUGACCAGACUGGGUCUCUCUACCUCCCCCUGCUGGAGAGAGGACAGACUGCAGAGAGUUCAGCCCCACGUCACUGAGGCACUGCUCUGCUACUGGGGUCCCAGGUUCAGGAUGAGCCGGAGAGCAGUAGAUCCUCUCAGACUGUCACUGCGGAGGAACGGACAGCUACACCCUCCCUCUGGUGUGAACCCUAACCCUCGUUACAUCAACCUCCACCCCCUCCGGGCUCACACCUCUAUCCCUCGACCUACCAUCCGCCCAGACACCUCUCUACCCAGAGGCAGGACCCCCACACCAGCUCACACACAGACAGGUUAUGCCAGCAGCAGUCCUGUUGUAGCGCCCUGGAGGAUGGAGAGGAUGUUACAGGCUCUAUGUGUGGACUCACAGGCCGGGUUCUACUUCACACGCUACUGUGAACGCUCUGGAAACCCGCUGUGGGAGAAUGCCGUCCACUGCUGGUGUGAUCUGCAGCAAUACCACCAGCUCUUCUACCAAGAUGGACUGGAUCCCUACAGGGUACAGAGACAGGCUCAUUUGCUGUAUUCAACAUACGUGUGCAGUGCUGCCUGUAGUAGCAUUGGGGUGGAGGAGGAGAGCAGAGAGAGGGUGUACACCGGUCUCACUCCCCCGUUUGAGGAGCUGUUUGACUGGGUGGAGGAACACACUCUGACCCUCCUCCUGGAGCCCUGGACGCUGCUCACCACCAGGGACACAGACACCUUCCAGAAGGUGGCUGUACGGGAGGAGACUCGCCAGGUGGAGUCAGAGCCGUACGGAGAACUGAAGACGCUGUACGAGGAGGCUGUACACAGACUGGAACAGCAUGCUGUGGCCCAGGCCUGCAGGCCCCCUCCUCCACCACUAGAGGUCGCCAGGUCUCCAGCUAUGUGGUCUGCCGUCCCAGAGAGGUACAGAGGGUACAGGUUGGGCUCUCUGCUAGGACACCGCACAGAGCUACAACACUUCACAUCCUUCCUACAGGACAACACCGCCAGUAUACACCUGGCUUGCUGGCAGGACAUAGAGAAUUACAGGAGAAUCCCCCAUAAAGACAAGGCCCAGAGAGAGGACAAGUCCAGACUCAUUAAGGACAAAUACCUCAAUAGGAAAUACUUCUUUGGGCCUGACAGUCCUGCCACCAGACAACAACAGGAGGAGGUGAUGCGUCUGGCUGGUGGCUGGGGGAGACUGCUCCAUGACCGUCUGUGUGCUCCUGUCCUGGUGGACAUUCAGAGCAUCAUCAGGAGCCACAUAGAAACAAGAUGGCUGCCUGUCUUCCUGACGACGCCGGAGUUCAAUGAGAGACAGCAGCAGAGAGUCAGGCCUCGGGGUGAAGACCGGGUGUCCGACCAUGUCUACCAGCGACACAGGAACAAGAGAGAGGUGUGGAAGCAGGUCAAGGGGACGUGGAUGACCUCUGCAGGGGAGAUCCUGGCUGUCCGGAGUGCCCUGCUCAACCCCGUCACGUGUCAUCAGUUCCGGCGCUUCGUCUCGCUGAAGGGAGACUUCCUGGAGAAUGACAUCCUGUUCUGGCUGGAGGUCCAGAGGUAUAAGGAUCUGUGUCAUUCCCACUGUGUGGAGGCUGUAGUCCAGGACAAGGUGUCCACCAUCAUCAGCUGUUUCAUCCAGUCCUCCGUCCCCCCAGCUCUGCAGAUAGACAUCCCCCCAGAGCAGGCAACACACAUCCUGGAGAGGAGGAGGGAGAUGGGGCCCUACGUCUUCAGAGAGGCUCAGAUGUGUGUGUUCAGUGAGCUACUGAAGCUGUGGCCAGAGUUCCUGUCGUUCAGCAGCGGUGUGCAGGAGGAGGAGGUGUUGCCGCUGAACAAACAGAGUGCUAAACUGCAGCGUCGCAGGAGGAGAGAGGAGGAAAAGGAAGUUGAGAGGAGAGCCCAGGAGGAAGUGGAGAGGUUUCCAGAGGAGCAUGAGGAGAAACACAAAGGACUACAGGAGAGCAGAGAGCUGCUUUACCCAAACUCGUCCUCUGCCCACAGUCUGAGGUCAAAGAGCAGCAGACACUCCCGACAGAGCCAACACCAGACCCAGCAGAGGACAGAGCCAACACCAGGACAGAGCCAACACCAGACUCUGCAGAGGACAGAGCCAACACCAGGACAGAGCCAACACCAGACUCUGCAGAGGACAGAGCCAACACCAGGACAGAGCCAACACCAGACCCAGCAGAGGACAGAGCCAACACCAGGACAGAGCCAACACCAGACCCAGCAGAGGACAGAGCCAACACCAGGACAGAGCCAACACCAGACCCAGCAGAGGACAGAGCCAACACCAGACCCAGCAGAGGACAGAGUCAACACCAGACCCAACAGAGGACAGAGUCAACACCAGGACAGAGCCAACACCAGACCCAACAGAGGACAGAGCCAACACCAGACCCAGCAGAGGACAGAGCCAACACCAGACCCAGCAGAGGACAGAGCCAACACCAGACCCAGCAGAGGACAGAGUCAACACCAGACCCAGCAGAGUUCUAACGUCUCCCCCAGGACAGAGCCAACACCAGACCCAGCAGAGUUCUAA